AAACAUUAGAAAAAAAAACCUAAAUCAGACCCUCUCUGUUAUAUUUAGAUAUAUAAAAAACAUUUUAAAAAAAUAAAACCCUAAGUCAGACCUCUCUCUCUCUCUCCUCUCUCUCUCGUAUUCACUCUUUGAAGCCGCCUGCCCACUGCCCAGAGAGUGGACGACGACGGUGAUUCGCUGCCCAGCCAUUUGACGAAGACGGAGACGACAGCAUCUUCUCCCCUACUCGCUGACGACGACGCCCAUCUCCUCCCUAAGUCGCCGACGGCAUCUUCACUAACGACGGAACCCACACAGCCCCUCCCUCUCGGACGAAGACACAGCUCCUCUCUCUCCAACGAAGACACAUUUCUUCCUCGCAAACGGCAGCAACUCAGGACUAUUUGAUUGAGAGUACUGAGUUCAGCAAGUCAUCUUUAUUGGCAUGGGCGAGAAAAUGGGAGAGAAGAAAAAGCAUAAAAGUGAGAAGCACAAGGAGAAAACAAAUGGGCAUGAAAAGGAUGACAAGGAAUUUCCGGAAGAUGAAGAGGAUACCAAAAAGAUUACUGAUGAAGUUGCGGAAACUAUAAAGACAACUUGCUUAGAAGGCGAAGACAGUACAAAUGAAAAAGCAAUUGAGCAAAAGGAACUAAAAGAGAAGAAGAAAAAGCACAAGAAGGAUAAGAAAAAGAAAGAGGGAAUUGCUGGAAUAUCAUCUUCGGGUGAGAACUGUGAGGAUGAUGAAAUGGAUGGGCAUGAGCUUAACAAGAAUUUCCAAGACACUUCUGCAGUGAGUAGCCAGGUACAGCAGGUUGAAAAGGAAAAAAAGAAGAAGAAGAAGAAGAAGGAAGGAGUUGAUGGAAUAUCUUCGUCGAGGGAGAAUGUUGAGGAUGAGGUAGUCAAGGUGCAGGAAUGCAAUGUAGUGAAUGACGAGAUGGACCGUGCUGAAAAGAAAAAGAACAAGAAAGACAGAGCUGAUGGAAUAUCCUCUUCGGGUGAAAAUGCUGCGAAUUGUGAAAUGGAAGAAUUAGUUAAAGGGCAAGGAUACAACAAGAAUUGCCAAGAAACUUCUGUAGUGGAUAUGGAUGUAGAACAUGCGGAAAAGAAAAAGAAAAAGAAAAGAAAGAGGGAAAAAGAUGAUGGUGAUAAUGAGGUAAAGAACAGCGAGACAGAUGUACAAAACCUCUCAAAAAAGAAAAGAAAGAGGGAAAAUGUGCCCAUAGAGGAAGCUAUUGCUGACAAUCUGGGUACUGAAGAUAAAUUGGAUGAUGUUGUUCAUGCUAGUGAUGAGGGCAAGAAGAAGGUCAAGUCAACCAAACGUGGUGAAGGAGAUAGUAAGGAAGAUGAUUCCAAGAAAGACAAGAAGAAGAAAGCCAAAGCAGCAAAGCAAGUUUCAGAUGGAAAAGGUAACAAGCAAAAGGUAAGAACAAAAAAAGAUAGCAAGACUAUCGAGACAUCUGAGAAUCUUUCACCACAAGGUAAAUCUAAGAGAGUUACUUUUUCUGAUCAUGUGGAGGUUUUUUCACCAUCUGAUAGUCCAAGUGUACAGAGUAGGCAAGUGGGAGGCCUAGUACAAGGUAAGCGCUUCACACCAGAAGAAGAUGAGUUGGUCAAAGCUGCAGUUUUGGGAUACAUAGAAGAGCGCGGUUUAGGUGAUGCGGGUUUAGACAUGGUUCUCAAUUGCAAAUCACAUCGUGAAGUGAAAAAUUGCUGGAAGACAAUAGCCUUAGCUCUACCUUGGAGGCCACGCUAUAGCGUGUAUUAUCGAGCCCACAUGAUCUUUGAAAGGAGUGAUAUUCACAAAUGGACUCCCGAAGAGUACGAGUGUGUUUUAAAUUUUCACAAAGAACAUGGAGCAGAUUGGAAGAAGCUGUCGAAACAGUUAAACAAACAUAGACUACAUGUCAAAGAUACAUUUCGAAGAAUCAAAUUCACUGGAGUGAACAAAGGGCGUUGGAGCCAAGACGAGUACUCAAAACUAUUUGAUUUAGUCAACAUGGACCUACGUUUGAGGGCGUCUGAACAAAAGAGAGUCAAGCAUGGCAUGUUGCGGGAUAAUAUUUGUUGGGAAAUAAUUAGUAAGAAGUUGUCCACCAGGCACCAUGUUGGAUGCUGCUCAAAAUGGUACAAACAAUUAACAUCACCAAUGGUGGUUGAAGGGUUGUGGGAUGACACCGAUGACCACCGCCUGAUUGAUAGUCUCAGCGACUUGGAUGCUGCCUGCAUCGAAGAUGUGGACUGGGAUAAUUUGCUUGAGCAUAGGACAGGGGAUAUUUGUCGAAAGCGAUGGCAUCAAAUGGUGAAACAUAUUGGUGACCAUGUGAACAAGCCAUUCUCUGAACAAGUUGAAGUUCUAUCGAAGCGAUAUUCUUUUGAUGUCCUUGAAGCAAGGGAGGAAUAUAACAGCAAGGAACCAGUUGACUGUUAAUUGAGGUUUCUGUGAACAAAUCUGUAUGUAUCGGCUUGCUGAAUGGGUGCAAUUACAAGGAUCAGAUUGUUGUAUUCUCACUUUCUCUUUUUUCCUAUUUAUAUCUUAUAUAGAGAGAGAGAUGGACAAAAAAAUAUACUAAGUUGCAAUUAUCACUUCGUUAUUGUUUAGAAUUAAUAUCUCUAUGAAACACACGGUGUUGUAGCCACACUAAAAUAAUUGGGUUUUAAAUUUGAUGAUAAAAUUUAAGUGGUGUUUUGGUAA